CUCAUCAAAUCUGUGUUUUGUGAUUUGCGAAUCAUUUCAAUGUCUUCAGAAUACUCUCGCAGAGAAGGGCGGUCGAAGGUCGAGCGGCUUCCUAAGCGGUGGAGCGAGUGGGAGUGGAGUGAGGAGAGAGAGUGUCAUCAUCGAUAUCGCCUCGACAAAAAUGGAGAAUAUGAGUACGAAUCUAGCACAGGAGAAACAAGCGAAUCCACGGCAACAUCCGGUUACCAAGGCUCUGUAGAGCGAGAAAUUCCUCGCUAUGCUCCAGCCCAAGAUACAGCAUAUGGAAAAUCGAGCCAAGCCGUCUCUAACAUUCAUGGCUCUCAGUCUACUCAGAAUCCCGUUACGCUGCCUUACGGGAAGCCUUACUACUCUGAGCAACAUCCUCAGAACAAAUUUUCAUCGUCAAUCCAGUAUCCAAUUUAUGAUACUCAACCAUUUCAAAGCAAUGCAAACAAAUACCCUACCCAACAAAGUUCGACGGCUCAAAUGGCCGAAAACCACAUCGGUCUGGGAAGAUAUGGACUAGAAAAUCCACUAGACUUUCAAUUCGAAGUCUUCUCUGGGUCGCACUUUCAAGUUGGACGACUUUUCAAGACCUUGUGGGCAGAGCCAACAGGUAUCAAUAGAACCCAGUUCUCAGAUUCAGAAGCUAUAACAUCUAUUUCCUACAAAUUCGGAGAACAAUUCUUGCACAAAAUUCGGCACUUCGUAGUGGUAAAAACUUUUUCUGCUCAUUGUCUUUGCCUGCCAAUCCACACUUACAGACGCCAAGAUCCACAAAAUCCAAGGGCCCAAGCGCACCACUACGCACCCAUCUAUUCCGAUAAGAGAGUUGAGUACAAGGGCGAGAAUCCAGCAAUCCGGGUUGAAGUGACGUCCCCGAGAGAAAAGCUUCCCGAAGCAUCCCGUAUCAACUACGGGAAGGUUUAUACUAUCGAGUAUAACGCAAAAGUGUUUUUUAUUGGCCAAGUUUACGACAAACAUCGACCUCAAUUCAUUGCUGGCUACCAAAACACAAUGACGCGGGAUGAUGAUUCAGCCCCUGUCGAUCAAUAUUCCCCCUCUGAGUCCUCUGCUCACUCUCAUAAUAAUUUAGAGCCACUCUACAAUGAUCCCGCCUCAUCAAUAUCUUCUCCGAUCGAGGGGUUUGAGCUUGCUGAUGGAUCAUCUACUCCACUCACGGGUCUGUCAAAUCUGGACCCUAUAUCCAAAACGCAGAAGCAAUCACCCACAAUGAAUGCCAUUGAUCCCGUACUACACCCAGCUGGAUUCAAUGUUGAAUCGGCAUUCGCACCACCCCCAGGAAGUGACCUCGAGCGUCCCCAACCUUUAUUUGAACUGAAAUUCUGCUCACAGCCCGUUGUCUCUGAGACCGCCAAUGAAUCUUCUAGUCCACUACACCAGGCUAAGUCGGACACCAUAUCAGAUGCUAGAAGCUCGGGUCCUUCUCGACGCAGGUCAUGUGAUUCCAUCAUAAGCAAUGUCGAAAGCGCGAUCUUCAGUUAUGCCAUGUCCACCACUACUACCCCAUCUAUUGAUAGUGGAUCCAGUGAAACCCAAAGGUUAUGCGGUUUUCUUCUUGAUCAGGAUUGGUUGCAAACUUUGUCAAAAGAAGCAUUGCAAAAAGUCUCGCCAGGUAAGUUCGAGGAUAAUUUACGGCGGACCCUUAUUCAAUUCGCUAUUCAUCUGAAUACCGAGGCAACAUCAACAUCAUCGACAAUGGCACAUAUAGCGUGUGUAGUCCGCGGAUGUGCAAUAAAUGUAGCAAGCCUUACACGGAAGUCUCUGGAACUUGUAGCAAACUCUAGGCUUGAAGACAAUGGCCUGCAGGGAAAUUCACAUCAGACCAUCAAAUCGGAAAACGGCGAGCUGGAAGAGCUUGCUGAAGAAGGCGAAGAUGGUGGUGAGGACUGUUUGCUCGAAAAUAAAGAGGAAGGAGAAGAAGACAAUGAUGGUGAUGAUGACGGUUUGCUCGGAUAUAAAGGGGAAGUAGAAGAAGACUCAAAGGAUCUGGAACUUCUAAUGUCAAAUUCGAUGGCGCUACAGAUGCUGAAAGAAAACCUGCACUUAUUCGUCCAUCCGGAUCCUAUCAAGAAGGCACUGUUCCAAGUCUGGCCAAUCACACACCCAAGGGAUUCCACACUUGAGAUUACUUAUUCUUUGGAAUGGGAGGUGCCACAUUUUCUUGCGACUUACUUCGCAAAGGGGCAAGAAGUUGGCAAAAUUCUAACUAUCACUGGAGGGGCAAUUAAUGCGCAGGCGAAGAGCUGCGGUGAUUAUCUAGUCCAAACCUGGCCCAAGGUAGGGCCAGCUCUGUUAGCGUCGUUGCAACAUGACUUAUCGUCCCUCGAUACUCAAGCCAGGGACUGCAGACACCAAUGAAGACAUAUCUUUCAAUAUGAAGUUUCGAUCGAACCCAUAUCAGUCUACUCCUAUCUCGGAUACAGCCGUCGUGGUGUCUGCAAGCCAUGCUAUCCAUGAGCAAAUAAUAUUAGCCCUUUCGUGGAUCGCCGCUUCACUUCGGCACUCGCCCACCACUAGCCUUGCUUAUUCCUCCGCAUCUGUAUCGG